AUGGAGCAGGGGAGAGUGCCGGGAACGAGGACUCAAGAAGAACAAUGGAUGGUUGAGGGGAAAGUCUUCGAUAUCUACGCUGGUUUCCACAGUCUUCCUCCCAACAGCCAAUCUGCAAUCUUGGAGAUACGACGUGAGAAUCACGUUCAGUAUCUCACCAGGGGUCUCCUUCAACUUGGUCCUUCUUUCUGCGUUUUGGAUGCCAACCGUCCUUGGAUUUGUUAUUGGAUACUUCAUUCAAUUGCUGUAUUGGGUGAGUCGGUUGAUCCAAACAUAGAAGCUAAUACCAUCGACUUCCUUUGCCGUUGCCAGGAUCCGGAUGGUGGUUAUGGUGGUGGACCUGGUCAGAUGCCUCAUCUUGCGACAACUUUUGCUGCUGUAAAUGCACUUCUAACUUUGGGCAGUUUCAGGGCCUUGUCUUCAAUUAAUAGGGGCAAACUACACAAAUUCUUGCUGCGGAUGAAAGAUACAAGUGGAGGAUUCAGGAUGCAUGAUGGUGGAGAAAUAGAUGUACGGGCCUGUUAUACUGCGAUUGCUGUCGCAAGUAUAUUGAACAUUUUGGAUGAUCCGCUGGUUCAAAAUGUUGGAGACUACAUUUCAAGCUGCCAGACUUAUGAAGGUGGAAUAUCUGGUGAACCUGGUUCUGAGGCUCAUGGAGGGUACACAUAUUGUGGUUUGGCUGCUAUGGUUCUGAUCAAUGAGGUUCAUCGCUUGGACUUGCCUCGCUUGAUUGACUGGGUUGUCUUUAGGCAAGGUAUGGAAGGUGGAUUUCAAGGAAGGACAAAUAAACUGGUUGACGGAUGUUACUCCUUUUGGCAGGGAGGAGUAGCUGCAAUAUUUCAAGUACUACACCCUAUUAUAUGUGACCAAUUAGGGCUGCCAAAGGAAUACGGGUCACACGUUGAUUCUGAGAGUGAUUAUGAUUCAGAAUCAUCUGAUGCUGAUGCUCAUGCUGAACCUUUGACGGGAUCUUGUCAUUUCAAGGAGGAAGGGCAAGAUGAAUUCUAUUGUCCAUCAAGCAUACCGUCGACUGGCAUUGAUUUUAUUCGUAGCAAGAGGGCAAUGAAACCUAUUUUCAACAGCAUACAUCUGCAGAAAUAUCUUCUUUUGUGUUCACAAGAGGAGGCUGGCUUCAGAGAUAAACCAGGAAAGAGUAGAGAUCAUUAUCAUACUUGUUAUUGUUUAAGUGGAUUAUCACUUUGUCAAUAUUGUUGGACGGAAGAUACAGAAUCUCCGCCGUUACCAAGGGAUGUGCUGGGCUCAUAUUCCAAUCUAUUGGAAGAAGUGCACCCGCUCUAUAACAUUGUCUUAGACCGUUACCAGGAAGCACAUGAAUUCUUCUCAAGUGCUUAG